AUGCCUGAAGUACUUUUAAUGAUGCCCAAAUUGGAUUACACAAUACACAUUUGGAAGAGUUAUGGGGUGCAAAUUCUCUACAAUGGGGACAAUGGUAACAAAGAGCCUGGGAACAAGGUUGCUGAACAUGGAAAGUAUUUAGGUCUGACCCAAGUGCUCAAUAUAGUCAAGAAGAAGGAGAUAGAGAAAAGGAUAAGGGACCUUUACAGAGUAAAGCCAGGGCAGUCAGAUUAUAUUGGUAAACUGCAGAGUGUCCUGAAGGUAAUGUUGACUGAGCUCAGUGAGGAGGAGCUGGCUAAAUUCAAAGAGAAGCAUAAGGAGUGGUAUACUGACAGGCCAUCAGAAGAAGUGAUACCAAAUCAUGAGCAAAAUGACAAAGCUGUGUUUGAGCUUUUUAGCAAGGUACAACCCAACUGGCAAAAUGUAAAGAUAUGGGAGGCUUGGGAUGGAUCUGUGCCAAAGGAGAGCCUACCAGACAAGCAUAAAGAAAAGGUCAAGCUUCCACUCAACAAUAAUGGAUAUCCCAUCCUUGUAGAUGAGGAUCUGUCACCCCCGGUAACCUUUUCAGACCUACAGGCUACCAUCAGGUGUUUCCUGACAACAUAUUACCAGAUUUCCACUGGAAACAUGAAGGCUUCAGGAUACAUACCUCCAGGGUACAAGUUCUGGGAACUAUCAUAUAUGACAAAGGAGGAGGUCUGA